AUGUCUUCGACACAAUCCCUUCCAAAGUUCUUCGUAUGGGCACCCGACUACACCGAUGACGGCGCUCUACAACGGAGAAUGGCAGUGAGGCCUCCCCACCUCGAGAACAUUAAGACACUCGCUGGUCAAGGUACCCUGCGCUACAUGACGCCUGAAUCCGUCGACGCAGCCGCAGCUGACAAGAAGUUUGUCGGGUCGUGCAUGAUUUACGAGGGCGGGAACAUCGAUGUCGUGCGUAAGCUCGUGGAGGAGGAUGUGUAUUAUGAGAGCGAUGUGGUAUAUUGUCGUGGUGUGCGGUGGGACAAAGAAAAACUUGUUAUUCUCCCAAUCGCACUGGCAACGGCCCUUCCGCCUGUUCCUUCAACUUGA